AUGGCGGUAAUAUGGGGUCUCGACCUGAAGGAGAUGCAAUGGGGCAAGUUCAAGUCCGGAUACAUGUGGAAUACCAUGUACCACAACCGCCGCACAAAGUUCAUCAUCUAUCAACUCGCCAUGAUUCUCUGCGUUGUCAGUGAGAGUUUGGGGACGGCCGCGCUGUCUGAUUACGUCGACCAGCAAAAGUUCGUCUCGAAGCUCGACCGGAACGUCACGGUACACAACAAUGACUACGUCGGUAUUGCCUCAUACAACAUCUUUGUUGGCAUCUUCGUCGCCACUAUCUUCGGCGCCGCCUUCUUCUUCGAUCUCUUCUGGCCUGAGCGAUUAGAGUCAAGAAGUGUCAAGAUUGCUUGGAAAGUUUGCUCUGUCUUCGCCUGCAUAGCUGCGCUUGCCGACGCUCUGGCGUACACAUAUAUUGUGGCGAGCAAGAGUGCGUAUGUAACAGGUACGGAUGAUGAGAGUCAACAAAAAUACUUGUCGAUGUUUAAGAAAACCGGAGAAACUCCACUCGAGUACAAGAAGAAUGGGCGCGCGGUUGCUAGUGUCGUGUUUCUCUGGCCUGGCAUGAUCUUCACUUUCGUCAGCACUUACCUCCUUUGGCACUCACUAGCUCACAUUGAUGCACACGGCCCCAUGUCUACACACGCCCGUAACGAGAAAGUUACAGACAGUAGUAGUGUCACCUCUACGAACCUCGAUGGCGCAGCGCCGGUUACACAACCCGAGCCGACACAUGUAAAACCCGCGGACAGCACCGUAUAG